GCGCUAGUUAGCGCGUCACUUCCGGCGAGGAGGAGGAGGCGGGAGAGUGAGGGAAAGGCUGGAAGACGAGCCUGCAGGAUGUUUCCUCAGUGAGAGGAAAGCUACUGCACAAUGGCAGUUUUUGAUACUCCCGAGGAGGCCUUUGGCGUCUUGCGUCCAGUCUGUGUCCAGCUCACGAAGACCCAGACAGUGGAGAACGUAGAGCGUCUGCAGGCACAGUUACAAGCCGUGAGUGACUCUGCCCUUCAGGAACUUCAACAGUACAUCCUCUUCCCUCUGCGAUUUACUCUGAAGACCCCGGGUCCCAAAAGAGAGCGCUUGAUCCAGAGUGUGGUGGAAUGCCUCACGUUUGUCCUCUCUUCAACGUGUGUGAAGGAACAAGAACUUCUUCAGGAACUCUUUUCGGAACUCUCUGCUUGUCUGUAUUCGCCCAACUCCCAGAAACCCGCAGCUGUGUCAGAGGAGUUGAAAUUGGCUGUGAUCCGGGGCCUGAGCACAUUAAUGCACUCGGCUUAUGGGGAUAUCAUUCUGACUUUUUAUGAGCCCUCCAGUCUGCCUCGUUUAGGAUUUGCUGUAUCUUUACUGUUAGGCCUAGCAGAACAGGAGAAAUCAAAGGAAAUGAAAAUUGCUGCCUUAAAAUGUUUACAGGUUCUACUCUUUCAGUGUGAUUGUCAGGACCAUCCGAGAUCCUUGGAUGAGCUGGAGCAAAAGCAGCUGGGGGAUUUGUUUGCUUCUUUUUUACCUGGAAUCUCAACUGCACUGACCAGGGUUAUCACAGGAGACUUUAAACAAGGGCACAGCAUUGUCGUAUCUUCCCUGCAGAUCUUUUACAAGACAGUGAGCUUCAUUAUGGCUGACGAACAGCUCAGAAGAAUCUCAAAGGUACAAGCAAAGCCUGCAGUGGAGCAUAGAGUAGCAGAGCUGAUGGUUCACAGGGAAGCCAAUUGGGUAAAAAAUACUGGCGACAAGUUGACUAUCCUUAUUAAAAAGAUAAUUGAGUGUGUUUCAGUUCACCCGCACUGGAAGGUGAGGCUGGAACUGAUAGAACUUGUCGAGGCCCUUCUUUUGAAGUGCAGUCAGUCACUGGUCGAAUCGGCUGGUCCCCUUCUGAAGGCUUUGGUGGGUCUGGUAAAUGAUGAGAGUCCUGAAGUCCAAGCCCAGUGCAGUAAAGUUCUGAGACAUUUUGCAGAUCAGAGAGUAGUGGUGGGCAACAGGGCCUUUGCUGACAUCUUGUCAGAAAACCUACAUUCCCUUGCCACAUCUCUUCCCCGCCUAAUGAACUCCCAAGACGAUCAGGGUAAAUUCUCUACUCUCUCCUUGUUACUCGGGUAUCUGAAACUCUUGGGCCCAAAAGUGAACUUUGUCCUCAACUCUGUGGCCCAUCUCCAGCGCCUUUCCAAAGCGCUCAUCCAAGUUCUGGAAUUAGACGUGGCUGACAUCAAAAUUGUUGAAGAGCGGCGUUGGAACUCUGAUCAUCUGAGUGCUUCUCCAAAGACUUCAGCUGCACGGCCAUGGAGUCAAGUCCAGAGGCGGUAUUUCCGCUUCUUCACUGACGAGAGAGUUUUCCUGCUUUUGCUGCAGGUUUGUCAGCUUCUUGGUUUUUAUGGGAACCUCUAUUUGCUGGUGGAUCACUUUAUGGAACUGUACCACGAAUCUGUGGUUUACCGGAAGCAAGCCGCCAUGAUCCUUAAUGAACUGGUUGCAGGGGCUGCUGGGCUGGAGGUGGAGAAUCUUCAUGAAAAACAUAUUGAAACAAGCCCCGAGGAACUGAGAGAGAUUGUGACAUCUAUACUUGAAGAAUACACGAGCCAAGACAACUGGCAUUUGGUCACUUGUAUCGAAGCUGAAGAAAUGGGAGAGGAGCUAACAGUGAAGCAGUCAGGCCUCCAGGCUAUCACAUCUGGUGCCCAUACCUGCCAAGUUACAUCUUUUCCAGCCGUCUCAAAGCCCAGUCCCACUAUUUGCUCCAUGAACAGCAACAUCUGGCAAAUAUGCAUCCAGUUGGAAGGGAUUGGCCACUUUGCAUAUGCACUAGGAAAAGACUUUCGUUUGCUCUUGAUGUCAGCCCUCUAUCCAGUACUGGAGAAGGCUGGAGACCAAACCCUGCUCAUUAGUCAGGCUGCUACCAGCACCAUGAUGGACAUUUGCCACGCUUGUGGCUAUGACUCCCUGCAGCACCUGAUCAAUCAAAAUUCAGACUAUUUGGUGAAUGAGAUCUCUUUAAAUCUGCGUCAUCUGUCUCUGCACCCCCAUACCCCAAAGGUCUUGGAAGUCAUGCUGCAGAAUUCAGAUGCUAGCCUGCUUCCUUUGGUGGCAGAUGUGGUUCAAGAUGUCUUGGCCACUCUGGACCAAUUCUAUGAUAAGAGAGCUACUUCCUUUAUCAGUGUUCUGCAUGCCCUACUGGCAGCAUUAGCCCAGUGGUUCCCAGACACAAGUGAUCUUGGGCAACUCCAAGAGCAAAGUAUAGGGGAGGAGGGAAGUCAUUUGAGCCGAAGACCAGCACAUCUUGAGAAAGGACUUGAGAAUACCACCACAGCCGAAGACAUUGAGCAGUUUUUGCUGAACUACCUCAAGGAAAAGGAUGUAGCAGAUGGAAAUGUCUCAGAUGUUGACAAUGAAGAAGAGGAGCAGUCAGACCCUCCCAAAUUGGACGAGAAUGACAGUGGUCCCGAUGUGCAGCCACCGCUGCCAGUGCAGAUCCAAAUAGCCGUGGACGUGAUGGAGCGCUGCAUCCACUUGUUGUCAGAUAAAAAUCUGAAAAUCCGCUUGAAGGUCUUGGAUGUGCUGGAUCUGUGUGUGGUAGUUCUACAGUCCCACAAGAACCAGCUCCUUCCCUUGGCUCAUCGAGCCUGGCCCUCGCUUGUGCACCGACUCACAAACGAUGACCCCCUGGCGGUGCUCAGAGCCUUCAAGGUUUUGCGUACCCUGGGAGGCAAGUGUGGCGAUUUUCUAAGGAGCCGGUUCUGCAAAGAUGUCCUGCCAAAGCUGGCUGGCUCCUUGGUCACCCAGGCUCCCGUCAGUGCCAGGGCUGGACCGGUUUACUCCCACACGCUGGCCUUCAAGUUGCAGCUGGCCGUCUUGCAGGGCCUGGGCCCCCUCUGCGAGAAACUGGACCUAGGUGAGGGUGACCUGAAUAAAGUGGCGGAUGCCUGCUUGAUUUACCUCAGCGCCAAACAGCCCGUGAAAUUACAAGAGGCUGCCAGGAGCGUUUUCCUCCACUUGAUGAAGGUAGACCCGGACUCCACCUGGUUCCUCCUGAAUGAACUUUACUGUCCCACAAAGUUCACACCCCCACAUCCCAGCCUCCACCCUGUGCAGCUGCGGGGGGCCACUGGGCAGCAGAACCAAUACUCCACGAACGUGCUCCGCCUGCUCCAGGAGCUGCCGUGACCCCAUCCCUCUCCCACAGGCAAGCAGGCGCCAGAGGAGGUCACCUCCCCCUCUUUCCCUUCCUAGGGUGUGGGGCAGCAGCAGCAGAGAAGACUUCGAAGGUGGGUUAGACAACAGAUCAAUUUAUAAAUUGAUCGAUCACACAAAUGCUUAGAAAUUGGAUUGAAGGAAAGUAGCUGACUGUUCUUUAUAUUUCAUACCUGGUGUUUCCAAAUGACAUUGUCUGGCAGCUCUAAGGGCUUAACUCCUUAGUUUACCACCUCUGCGGCCCCAGCUGCCUCACAGCCCUCCCCACACCGGAGAGCUUAAGGACGCGUGGGCCUGUACUCCACAUCAUGUGUGUCCUCCGAGUGCCUGAGGACCACGAGGAAGUAUCAGCAUCUGAGUCUUCAGAACGGCCCUGCAUCACAGACACACCUCCCUCCCCUCGAAUGAUGAGACAGAACUGACGCGUUGCACCUAGCCUGUUCUUUGGAAGAAAAUGAAAUAAAGGCACUUCUUGGAUGAAAAGUA